ACGACAUCCGGGCAAUUUAUCGCUUCUCUCCGACCAAGAUGGCGUCUUCAGCAAGUACAGGUGUAACAGCGGCUUCUGUCGGCCCACAGAAUCAGACAGCUGGACAGAAAUUUAGAGAUUUUGGCACAUUUUUGUAUAACAGUGAUGAGGGUACCGUUUUAGGAAGAACAGGCAAAAGUUGGGCUCACAUCACCAUUUUCUACGUCAUCUACUAUGCAUGUCUGUCUGGGUUCUUUGCUGCCUUGAUUGCUGUGUUCUAUCAGACACUUGAUUGGAACUUCCCCAAACUUGCUGGUCCUGAUAGUUUGCUGAGACAGAACCCAGGUAUGGGAUUCCGUCCAAUUCCUAAUGUACAAACAACUCUAGUGCGAUUUGUGAAAGGCGAUCCCACCUCUUACAGCCCAUACACUGACCACAUGGAGGCCUAUCUCUCUUACUAUGAAAAUGAGAACCAGGUUACUGAUACCGGAGUGAUUGUGGAUUGUGAUGCCAUCAGUGGUCGUCGUCCUGAGUCUGAAUGGGACAAAGCCUGCCGAUUUGAUCUCACCCAGAACCUUGGAGCCGACUGUGUCAAACAGCAGGCCUUUGGGUUUGAUGACGGACUGCCUUGUAUUCUUGUCAAACUAAACAGGAUCUUUGAUUGGAUGCCCCAGAUGUUCACUAAUGGAAGUGUUCCAUCAACGAUCCAGGACAUGUACCAGAACUACUACGUCACUGUCAAGUGCACAGGAGAGAACCCUUCUGACCAGGACAAUAUUGGACCCAUUACCUACUACCCAGCCGGAGGAUUCCACUACAAGUACUUCCCAUUCCGUAACCAGCAGGGAUACAGGUCACCCCUUGUCUUCGUCAGAUUUGAAAGGCCAACACCUGGAGUUCUCAUCAUGGUUGAAUGCCGAGCAUACGCUGCCAACAUCCAGUUUGACCGUUUAGAAAAGGCCGGCAGUGUCCAUUUUGAGCUGCUGGUUGAUUAACCUUGCAUUUGUGUUUAGUUCUUUUAUGAAAUUCUGAUUUUUAGGGGGUUGUAAGGCAGAAAACAGAACAUUUUAAUAAAAAAAAACUUUUAGGUAUAUAGGGAGUGGGUUAGAGUUUGGGUCAUAAAUUUUAAAUUGUACUUACAAUUGGAAUGAAACAAAAUUUCUUUUGGAGAAAAAAGUGUUUGACAGCAAAUAAUACAAAAAAACAACAACAACAAAAAAGACUUUACCUGGUACUUUACAAAAAUCUGCAAUUGUCUUGACAGAAAUCUGUCUGUCUGCUCUAGCCCAAGAGAAUUAGUGAUUUCCAUAGAAAUAAUUUUUCAUCUACAAAGGCAUUUGAAGUCCAAGUAGGUUAACAAUCAGGUGCCUGACAUUCUGUAACAGUUCUUAGGAUCAAGAUCUGAAGUUUGGUUAGCCUUUUCUUGCAAAUUUGAGUGAAAUGGUUUAUAGAAAGUGCAUUUGAUUUUUUUAUUGACUUUUUUUUCUGUUUGUAAAAGCAUUUUGUCGUUCAUUUGUCAGCUUUCCAAAGAUUUUCUUGUUUACCAUACUUUUCCUCAUUUUUCUGUAUCUAGCAUUUCAUAUGUAGUUGUUUUUAGCAGUAUUUUUUAAAAAAUAAGAAAGGAAGAAUGUGGAUUUAUUCGUGACUGAUCAAGAUAAACAAAUAGGAAAAAAAAUACAAAAAAAAUACAAAAAAAAAUGUAUCCAGUCAUUGAGUAAUACUCAGGGGUGACUUCGGAAAAAUAUGUCAUUUCAUCAGGAUGAAAUGGAAGGUGCAAUAUGUGGUAAAACAUAUGCUUACAAUGUUAAACAGGGGGGUUUCAUGAUCAUAUACAAGAUCUAUCACAAAUCAAAGCUCAAAAUCGACUCCUUCGUUUAAAGCAGAUUUUCGUUCACAGAAGUUGUUUUGUUAUAAAGAUCACUUAUGCAAUUUCAAGUGGGAAGUCACUUUGUUUUGUUUUGUACAUUCCUUUUAAAACAAAUGUUUUUUUAAACAAUUAUAUCUAUCCAGAUUUAUGUACAAAACUAGUGUGUAGUAUGUUGAUGUUGCCAUUUGUGAAAAUGAAGUGUCCAGAUGUUUUUGUAUAGGAUGAAACGACGUUUUUAAAUCUUAAGAUAUUGUUGUUAUAGAUACAGUGUAUUGUUGCUUUGUGUGUAGUGUAUAUGAAAAUUUAUUACAAGAUGUUUUUACCAAUACACAGUAAGGCUACCCUGUUCUGAAGUUAUUGAUUUUCAAAAGACCAUCUUUGUUUGCUUUGGAGCCCUCUAGACGCAAGUUUAAUUUUGAAACUUACUUGAAAGGUUUUUUUUAACUCUGUAUGAUGUUCAUUUUGUCAUUUCUAGAGAGAGAAAAGUGCCAUCUUUAAAUGACCAAUCUAUUUGUAAUACCUACGAAAUAAUUAACGAAAAAUUGUAGGCAUGCUGAUGUUGAAUACUGUGCAGCUUUCGCGUAUAUAUAGUGAUACAAGCAUGAUUGUGAUGCAGAGAAGAAAUCAUAAUGAAUGAUGAAGAUAAGAUGUUGUUUUUAACAUGAUAAUUCAAAGGUGACUUUUUGUGUAAAUAUGUGAAUGCAUGACGGUAUGUGAAUGCAUUACUAUUAGGAUGUAGGUAACUUACUGGACUUAUCUCAAUUAUUCUACUUGUACCAAAUGCUUAUUAUUGUAAAUUCAGCAUAAUUAUACAUAGCAAUACUGCACGGAUGUAAGCGGGUAAAACUGGAACCAAAACAAAAACAUUGUCGUCUCAUCUUGUGUGGCAUAUGUUCUCUUCAUCAAUGAUGAACUCCAUAUUUGAAUGUAAAUUUAUAAUUUACGUCCGGAAGCAUCUUGCGAUGGCAAAACAGUUCUGUGUUGCUUCCAGUUUAAAUAUAAAAAUGUUUCUCACUGUUUGGAAUGUUAGGAAUGUGUUGUAGAUCAAUGUGGACAUCCAGUGUUUACUAUGCCACGCAAGCUUUGGGUUAUAUAUCGUGAACCGUCAGUGGGAACAUUUUUUAUUGACAUCUCUUACACCCAACCACAUUUCCAUUGUUUAUACAUAUCAUAUAUCAUUAUUACAUCACUAAAUCUGUUAACAUGUAAAGGUUAAUACUCUGAAAACCUAAAUUCUGGUGUAUUUAUGAAAAUGGUUGUGGAAGAAGUAGUGAAUUGUAUUAAAACAAUUAACAGAAUUUAACCUUGAUAGUGUCAACAUACAACUUUAUUAAUAAAAUGAAAAAAAGGAAUGAAAAUGAAAAACUUCAAAUUGAAAACUGGAUGUUAUAAACAAAAGCACAGUGGUGAAAACCUUUUUUAAUAGAACUCGUAGUAUUGUUUCCCAACACACGCACCAGUUUUCAACCCGUUGAAUAGCUGGCAUUUCUACUUUUAUUCAAGAUGUAGCACUGAAGAAGUUCAUAGAAAUAAACUUUGGUACAUGA